AUGAUAUUUCCUUUAGGUCGUCUCAUUAUUAAACAAUAUCAUAAUCAAUGCCGUUCAUCAUUAUUUCGUACUAUUGUUUUUAUUAAUCGACGACAAUUAGCAACAGGACAAGAAAAAAAAACUUCUAAAUCACAAAAAAAUCAGACUCUUGUUCAAUCAACAACAGAUAAUCAAAUUGAAGUAGCAACAUUUAAAGAAAAAGCUCAACAAGCUGCUAAAGAUACUGGUUACUCUCUUAUUGUUAUUGCUGGUAUUGCAACAUUAGGUGGUUUAUGUUAUUUAGUUUUACAUGAACUCUAUUCAAGAGAAACACCCAAUGGAAUUUAUAAAGAAGCAUCAAAAAUGUGUUUAGCUAAUACUGAAGUACAAGAUGCAUUAGGUACACCAAUUCUGGUUCAUACAACACCACAAAUUGGUUCAAUGCGUAUCAAUAAUGUUCGUGCUAAGAUAUUUAACGAAAAAGGUCAUCAAAGUAUGGCACUUACAUUUUAUUUAACGGGUAAAGAACGAUCUGGUGUUGUUGGUGUUAAAGUUGAAAAGAAUAUAUCAAAUAAAUUUGUCUAUGAGUAUAUUCUUGUUCAACUUGAUCGACCAUGGCGUGGUCGAAAUAUAAUUCAAGUACAUCAAAAUCUCGAUGCAUCAAAAACGACACCUCAAACAAUAGAUUUUUGA